GGACCAGAGGCCUGAGCCCAGGGAGGUGUGUCCGGGGAAGCACUGGAACAGGCCAGGGCGUCUCAGAUUCUGGUCUCGCAACCCCUUUGAUCGUGAGUUGGCAAAGUCAUCAGAAAGCCUGUUUAUGUGGACACGGGCGGCACCACGAGCAAGGGCCCUGCUCCUGGCAGGUAGCAGGCGCACACACUGGAAUGAAACGACCUCGCCCACACGUCGUUUUGCAAGUGGACCCCGGGCGCCAUGCUAAGGUGAAGCAGAGGGGCCCAGUGCUGAACAUGCUAAGAAGGCUGGACAAAAUCAGGCUCAGAGGUCACAAGAGAGAUGACUUCCUUGACCUAGCAGAGUCUCCAAAUGCCUCGGACACCGAAUGCGGAGACGAAACACCCCUGAAGACACCUCGGCCCUCGCCCCGGGACAGCGAGGAGCUGAGGGACCCUGCUGGUCCAGGGACCCUCAUCAUGGCUGCAGGAGUCCAGGACUUUAACCGGACAGAGUUUGAUCGCUUAAAUGAGAUCAAAGGUCACCUGGAAAUCGCAUUACUGGAAAAACACUUCUUACAGGAGGAGCUCCGGAAGCUGCGAGAGGAAACCAACUCGGAGAUGCUGCGGCAGGAGCUGGACCGGGAGCGGCAGCGGCGGAUGGAGCUGGAGCAGAAGGUCCAGGAAGUGCUGAAGGCCAGAGCCGAGGACCCGCCAGCUCAGCAGCCUCCAAAAGGGCAGGCCCAGGUCAAUAAUGGAGCAGACCGACGGAGCCAGGGGCUGUGCCCCCGUGUCCAGAAGUGGUUCUAUGAGAAAUUCGGGGAGUACGUGGAGGACUUCCGGUUCCAGCCCGAGGAGAGCACGGUGGAGACGGAGGAGCCCCUCAGCGCCCGGAGGUUGACCGAGAACAUGAGGAGGCUCAAGCGCGGUGCCAAGCCUGUCACCAGCUUUGUGAAGAACCUCUCUGCCUUAUCCGACUGGUACUCCAUCUACACGUCUGCCAUCGCCUUCACCGUGUACAUGAAUGCCGUGUGGCAUGGCUGGGCCAUCCCCAUGUUCUUAUUUCUAGCAAUUUUGAGGUUAUCCCUCAAUUACCUCAUAGCCAGGGGCUGGAGGAUACAGUGGAGCAUCGUGCCUGAAGUGUCCGAAGUAGUGGAGCCUCCAAAGGAAGACCUGACCGUGUCUGAGAAGUUCCAGCUUGUGCUGGACGUCGCCCAGAAAGCCCAGAACCUCUUUGGCAAGAUGGCCGACAUCCUGGAAAAGAUCAAGAACCUGUUCAUGUGGGUGCAGCCUGAGAUCACACAGAAGCUGUACAUUGCGCUGUGGGCCGCCUUCCUCGCCUCCUGCUUCUUCCCCUACCGCCUGGUGGGGCUGGCCGUGGGACUCUACGCCGGAAUCAAGCUUUUUGUCAUCGAUUUUAUCUUCAAACGCUGCCCGAGGCUGAGAGCCAAGUAUGACACUCCCUACAUCAUCUGGAAGAGCCUCCCUACGGACCCCCAGCUCAAGGAGCGCUCCAGCACCGCUGUGUCACGCAGGCCGCAGACGGCCUCCUCGCGGAGCUACGUGUCCAGCGCGCCCGCCGGCCUGAACAAGGACGAGGACGCCAGUCGCGUCCACGGCGCCAAGAAGAGCAAUUUCCACGAAAUCUUUAACUUGACAGAAAACGAGCGUCCGCUGGCGGUGUGUGAGAGCGGCUGGCGGUGCUGCUUGAUAAACAGAGACCGGAAGAUGCCGACCGACUACAUCAGGAACGGGGUCCUGUACGUGACGGAGAAUUACCUGUGCUUCGAAAGCUCUAAGUCCGGCUUCUCCAAGAGGAACAAAGUCAUCAAGCUGGUGGACAUCACGGACAUCCAAAAGUACAAGGUUCUCUCCGUCCUCCCGGGGUCGGGCAUGGGGAUUGCCGUGUCCACGCCAUCAACACAGAAACCGCUGGUGUUCGGCGCCAUGGUGCACAGAGACGAGGCGUUCGAGACCAUCUUCAGCCAGUACAUGAAGAUCACGGCGGCGGCGGCAUCGGGUGGCGACAGCUAGGGUUGGCUCGCCGUGACGUCGCUGGGAGUUUUUCUUUUUUUAAUAAUUCGGUAGUGCAGAAAAAUUGGACAUCCUCGUGAUCUUUUGCAAUAACCCCCUUGAUCUGUGGUUUCUAUUGUGUUGACCCUGCGUUUUACAGACCCCUUCGCACAGGGGUCAGGACUCUCGAAGGCGCGUCUUGUGGACGCGAGGACAAGGAUGACACGCAGGACACACCACCAGGCACAGCUGCGCUUUCUCUGUCCCCACCGGGCGGAGACCGGCGCGGCCGCACCCCGGUUCUCGGAGGCUAGCAGCUCUGCCACACCAAAGCCAUACGAGGAGCACGCGGGGCCCUCCCCGGGGUGAAGGACGCCAGCGACAGGCGACGUGGGGGCCCUUGGCCAGCGCCGUGAACGGGCCCGUCCUUUAGGGAGACCCCCGUGCACGUCCCGGGAGCGCGGUGCUGACCAGCUGGCCGGGGCCCGAGACCAGCUCCUCAGGAGGAUGCGGAGCGCCGUGCGGUGGAACGGCCCAGGAGGACAGCCGCUUCGUGGUCUCCCCGGCCUCCAGGCUGCUGUGCCGGGGUGGGUGAGGGGGACUCCCGGGCCGGGGUGGGAGUGGACCAGAGCGCCUCAGGCCCGAGGGGCCCAGGCUGGCAGAGGGCCUGCUGUGCAGGGACGCUGGGGAGGUCAGCCGGCUUUGGGGGGUGACCGCGAGCAGAG